AUGCCCAUUGAUUAUUCGAAAUGGGAUAAGAUAGAGAUCUCAGAUGACUCGGAUGUCGAAGUGCAUCCGAACGUCGACAAGAAAUCGUUCAUCAAAUGGAAACAAAGAGAUAUCCAUGAAAAGAGGGCGCAACGUAAUAUCGAAAUCAAGUCAAUCUUGGUGCAAUUGACAAUGUACGCCAAGUUGAAUGAACGGGUUGAGUAUUUGUUAAAGGAGCUUAGACCCGUGCAGCUCUUGGACCGCGAGUUGGUGGUGUCGAAACUCAACUCGCAAUUUGAUCCCAAAGAAAAAUUCAACUACCAAGAAUUGAUCAAGUCAAAGGGGGACUCGUUGAGAAAGGGGUUGAAAGAUUUGCAAUUUGGUAAAGAAGAGACGGAAAACACUCCGCCUUACAAUGAAAUGAUUGAAGACUUAUUCACCCAAGUUCAAGAUGACCACCCUGACGCAAAAACAGAUGGUGUGAAAUUGGUUGAGUAUUUGAAAGAGCACCGGGCUAAGAUUGAUGAUGUAUUGAGUAAGCAAACUGUGAAAUUGGAUGACUUGUUGCAUGAAAAGGCGCAGUUGAUUGUUAGCGACGAUUUGCACACGGGAUUCGACAGGUCUUUUAUGAACAAGGAUAAGGAGGAAGAUGAUGAUGGUAAUGCUCGUGGGGGAGCUCCCCGGGAGGCAGCAGCACCAAAGAAGAACAAGACUGUCACAACUACAGAGACGCUUAACUCGCCAUCAUCUGCAUCGCAAAACCAGCAGCCUGCUCCAUCGCCCCAAGAGACAAAAUCAGACGCAGAACUCUUGGCCGAAUUGAACCUCGACCCCGCCACGGAGCAGUUUGGCAAAUUAUCGACACUGGACCUUCUGGCAUCGGCCAACUUCUUAAUCAAACACACCAAGAUAUGCACCGAGCAACAAAAAGACGCGUUGAUGAUGUCGGCAUUCGAUGCGCAAUUGGAAAACAAUCCGCAACGCGCCAAACAAAUCAUCCAUCAAGCUAUAGUGUUGCAGUACGUGGUGCAAUUGAAAGGCCGCAACGUAUCGCGCGAUGACACCAUACGUGCCAUCAAGCUAUUUUUCAGCAAAAUCGAAAGCGGAGAAAAACUACAGCAGUUCUUCCAGGAAGAAUUCACAAACACCGUGAACCAUAUAACUCAAAGAUGCGAAAUUAUCAAACGAGAACAAGCUGAAAGAAGAGCAGCAGAAGGCGGCGCCGCGGGAGACGAAGAAGGCGAACAGUUGAUCCAACUAAGGGCAUUGGAUGAUAACACGACACUCUCGGUGAACAUCCCCGAGGAAGGCACUCAUGAAUACGAAGUGUUUAAGACGAAAUUGCCUGUCGAGUUCCAAGAAGCAAUCAAAACGCAAAGCUUGGAUAAAGUCAAUGAAGAAUUUGCCAAAUUGAAUGUCGAGGAUGCUGAAAAGAUUUUGGAGAUCUUCAAUGAGUGCGGCGCUAUUGGCGUCAAUGGAUACUUGGAGAAUGAAGAUGAGUUUGAAGAAUUGAAAAAGGAUUACGAUAAACAGGAAGAAGCUCUCGGUCAUGAUCAUCAGCAUGUAGAUACAAAUGAUGAAGUAGAUUGA